UGCAACUUUUAGAGUUCAUGUCAUAAGUCUAACACUUUAAAAAUGGCUAAGGAGAUAGUGAUGCUUGUAUUAGUUGUUUUGACCUUGACUGCUGGUUGUUACGCACGGUCACAGCCAGGACCAAUAAUGCCUCGGUGUGUGAGGUCGGAUGGAACAACGUUUGAACUAAGAGAGAAGUGGACCAAUGACAGAGACGGUGUGGAGGAGAUGUGUGAAUGUGUCAGAAGUUUUAACCCACUCAUGCCCCAUUAUAUGCGGAAUCGAGCCAUCAUAUCAUGUCUUCUCCAAGGAUGUGAAAGAGCGGGCAAAGCCUACCCACUUGGUACAGUUAUAAGAACACCAGGAAGUACGUGUGAUUUGGUUGUCACGUGUGUGGAAGGACCAGAUCCCUACGGUCCAAUGGAUAUCGCUGUAAGCCAGUUCCACUUCAAGACGACUAUUGAUUGCCAUUCACAGUGAAGCUCCCUUGCAUUAAGUCAUUGUGUUAUGGUCGCCUCCAAUUUGAUACAAGGAUGAAGAAACAUAGAUAUAUAUGACAAAUAAGACUGACCAUGUACUGACUAAGAGUGCCUAGUUACUUAGUCUGUAAUUUUACAUGAAAAUCAAAUAAAGUCCCUCUCAC